AAAUUGCUCCAUACAAACCACGACUCAUUAAACUAAGAAUCACUAACAAACAUUCCACUUUGUUUUGCAUGGCUACUUCUUUGUUGAUUAGUUGUUGUGUACUAAUAUGUUUGGUUGGUUGUGUUUACGCGCAAUCACCACGAGCUUUCUUCGUUUUUGGAGAUUCUUUAGUUGAUAGUGGUAACAAUGAUUUUCUUGCUACUACCGCUCGAGCAGACAAUUAUCCAUAUGGCAUUGACUAUCCAACACAUAGACCUACUGGACGUUUUUCUAAUGGCCGCAACAUUCCUGAUUUAAUUAGUUUGGAGCUUGGCUUAGAGCCCACACUUCCAAUUAUGAGCCCACUAUUAGUUGGAGAGAAACUUCUAAUUGGUGCCAAUUUUGCAUCUGCUGGGAUUGGUAUUCUCAAUGAUACGGGUUUCCAGUUUUUGCACAUUAUCCACAUCUACAAGCAACUACAACUAUUUGAGCUAUAUCAAAAAAGGUUAAGUGCACACAUUGGUUCUCAAGGAGCAAGGAACUUAGUAAACAGAGCACUCGUACUAAUCACUCUUGGAGGCAAUGAUUUUGUCAACAAUUAUUAUUUGGUUCCAUAUUCAGCAAGAUCUCGCCAAUAUUCUCUCCCAGAUUAUGUUCGAUAUAUCAUUUCUGAGUAUCGCAAAGUUCUCAGGAGACUUUAUGAUUUGGGAGCUAGAAGGGUACUUGUAACGGGAACAGGACCAAUUGGGUGUGCACCAGCAGAAAUAGCUUUGAAAAGUCCAAAUGGUGAAUGUGCUUUGGAAUUGCAAAGAGCUGCAGCUAUAUACAAUCCUCAACUUGUUCAAAUGAUCAAAGGACUCAACCAAGAGAUUGGCUCUGACAUUUUCAUUGCUGCUGAUGCAUAUAGAAUGCACAUGGAUUUCAUUUCCAACCCUCAAGCUUAUGGAUUUGUAACAGCAAAGGUAGCAUGUUGUGGACAAGGCCCAUACAAUGGAAUUGGACUAUGCACACCAGUCUCAAACUUGUGUCCAAAUAGAGACCUUUAUGUUUUUUGGGAUGCAUUCCAUCCAACUGAAAGAGCUAGUAAAAUCAUAGUCCAACAAAUUCUUAGUGGCUCCCCUGAGUACAUGUACCCUAUGAAUCUCACCACUAUCAUGGCCCUAGAUUCCAUGACUUGAUCUCAUCCAUGCUUCCACAACAUAAUUUCGGUUGUUGUUUUUUUGAUAGUUGUGUGACCCUUUUUUUUUUUUUUUUUUAAAAAUCUAUGUGUGACCCUUUUUUAUUUAAUCCCAUCUUUUGUAUCCCUUAGCUAGUGGCUUGUUGUGCCAAUUAGUUCUUGAGAAGUGGUUUCUCCCUCUAAUUGUGGUUGGUCUUUUUUCAGUAAUAAAAUGUCUUCCUUUAAUUCAA